AUGGCGAAUUUGACAGACGUCGAGCAGCUCCUCUACACAAUGCUUCCGCCGCGGCGGACCUUUCGCAAGGAUACGGGGGAGACUGUGAUGGAGCUUGUUUCCGCCGAGCCGGCGUCACGUGUGGAGGUGGCGGAGCUGCACGCGCGACUCCUGGAGCGACUGAGGCAGCGGCGUGCGCGCGAUAGCGGUGUCUGUCCGAUUAGGCGCGAGAUUUACGCUGAGGUGUUUGACGAACUCAUUAGGCAGAUAACGAUAGAGGAGCCGGUCCGAGGCCUUCUGAUGCUGCGUGUGCGUGACGAGCUUUACCAGACGUUAGCCGCCCACCAGUCCCUGGCGGAGCGGUCCAUGUACUUCGCCGCUAAGCAGCGAGCAGAGGCGCUGGACGGCCUGGACGUGCUGCAGCGGCGCCUGCAGGAGCUGGAGGAGGAGCGGGGCUUGCUGCUCACGAAGCGCAGGGCAGUGCAGGUGCGGGAAGAGCAGCUGUUGCACGCCAUUGAAGAGGAGAAUGUUGUACGCACUAAAGGGCGACAGGACGAGUUGGGUUACUACCGACGUGCGAAUCGGCAGCUCUCUCAACGCAUCAAGGCGGAGACGGAACGUGCCAACGCCCAUGGCAUGGCUGUGAACACAGUAGUGCUGGAAGCAGAGGGCGGUGAAGGCACGCUGCCAUCCGCAGUGUAG